AUGAUCAAGCUGCAUGAGAAAUACGGCCCCGUCGUGCGAUAUGCGCCCAACGAGGUGUCGUUUAGCACCGCGCAGGCGUGGCGCGACAUCUACGGCCCGCGCGGCAAGGCCCACCAGAGGUUCAUCAAGUCCGAGUUCUACGACGGCGGGCGCUUCGCGUCCGAGGCGCCGUCCAUCAUCACGGAGCGCGAUCCGGACAAGCACGCCGUCUGGCGCAAGCAGCUGAGCACCGCCUUCUCGGACCGCACGAUGCGGCACGUCGAGGGCGUGGUGGGGCGCGUCGUGGACGGGCUCGUCGCGGAGCUGGAGCGGCAGCUGACGCAGGCGGAGACGAUGGCGACGGCGGCGGCGGAGGCGGCAGCAAAGGGCAAGAAGGGUAAUAAGGGUGGUGAUGGUGGUGAUGGUGGUGAUGGUGAUGGUGACGCUGACGGCCAUGGCGGCCACGACGGAGGCGGUGGUGGUGGAAGCGGCGACAAGGGCUGCGUCGUCAACAUCGACCCCUUCUUCAACAUGGUGACGUUUGACAUCAUGGGCCACCUGGCGUUUGGCGUCGAGUUUGGGUGCGUCGGCAAGGGGAAGCUGCACGAGUGGGGGAUGUUCCUGGCGGCGACGCUGCGCAUGAUGAGCGUCGUGGACGCGCUCAAGAAGUUCCCCACGCUGGGCAAGAUUGGCCUGUGGCUCUUCUCCAAGCCCAUCAACGCCAUGCUUGCGGACCGGGACAAGCACGAGAGGUACUCGCGGGACUUGGUCAACAUGCGCCUCAAAGACGCGGGCCCAGACCGCAACGACUUCCUCUCGCACGCCAUCGAGGUGCAGCGGCAGGCCAAGAUGCCCGUCUCGGAGCUGCAGCUCGCGGCCAUCGCCUCGGACCUCGUCAUCGCCGGCACCGAGACGUCGGCCACGGGCCUCGCCGCCGUCUUCUUCUUCCUGCACGCCAACCGGCCCGCCCUGGCCCGGCUCAUGGAGGAGAUUGACACCGCCAUCCCCGCGUGGCUCGACAUCACCCCGGCCGCCCUCGCCCGCCUCAAGUACCUCGGCGCCGUCAUCAUGGAGGCCCUGCGCAUGUACCCGCCGCUGCCCGUCGCGCUGCACCGCCUCGUCCCGCCUGGGGGCGAUACCGUCCACGGCCUGUGGCUGCCAGGAGGGACCGUCGUGUCCGUCAACCCCCUCGCCGCAAACUACUCGCCAGAAAACUUCUCCGACCCGUGGUCUUUUAAGCCCGAGCGCUGGAUCGACCCCAAAUGCACCGACGACCUCGACGCCUGCCGGCCCUUUUCGCUGGGCACGCGCAACUGCAUCGGUCAAAACCUUGCGUGGAUGGAGAUGCGCAUGACGCUCGUCAAGCUCCUCUACGCGUUCGACUUCGAGCUCGUGAACCCCAAGCUGGACUGGCACGGCGAGUCCCGGAUGCAUUCGCUCUGGGAGAAACCGCCCCUAUGGGUUCGGUUCAAAUAUCGCGAGAAACGGUCGGUGCCGUAGAAACAGAUCAGGGGCCGCCCGCGGUGAGCGCGCCGCGGCGAGCAUAGAUGGGGUAUGUGGGCUCGCGCCGGAGGGAAAUGACCAGAGUACAUGCCAGUUUCCAUUAAGAGUGUUGUAAUUUUGCGUCUAUACCCGAAUAUAAGAACCCUCCAAGAGGCUCCCG